AUGAAGAUGAUAGAGAGGACAUCCUCUACAGUCCAUUAUAUUCUUCAUCAGUAUUGGAUCGACUUCCAGGAUCCAAGAACUAAAGACUUCUUUCUGGUGGACAUCUCUCCAUUUACUUUUGCAAUGAUUAUGGCAUCGUAUGUAUUGUUUGUCAAAUGGAUUGGACCUAAUCUCAUGAAAAACAGGGAGCCCAUGGACUUGCGUUUAGUGAUGUUUGUCUACAAUACAGCAAUGGUUAUAAUAAACACCUACUUCUUCGUGAUGGUUGUGCUGCACUGCGAUUAUGGCAAACGCUUUAUAGAUUUCAAAUACCCGGAUAGAAAAGAUAACUCCCCCAGAGCGCUGUGGGAGCUGUCGCAGGGCUGGUACUACUUUAUGUCCAAAUUCCUGGACCUCUUCGACACCGUAUUGUUUGUGUUGCGUAAGAAGACAUCUCACAUAACUUUCCUCCAUCUCUAUCACCACACAUGUGUCCCACUGUUUGGGUGGCUAUUCCUGAAACACAACGCCGUUAUGCCGGCCACCGGUCUCUUCGCACUGAUCAACUCAUUCAUUCACAUAAUUAUGUACUCGUAUUACGCGUUGUCAACACUCGGGCCCAACAUAAGGCCAUACUUGUGGUGGAAGCGGUACAUAACUCUGGCACAGUUGGCUCAGUUCGCUUUCGGCAUCUUCUACGGCAUUAUCAUGUUUUUCCUCCAAACGGGUUAUCCCGUCUUCUGGACGUACUUUGGUUUGACUCAACCCUUCUUUUUCUUCUAUUUAUUUUAUGAUUUCUAUAGAAAUUCCUAUUCAUCUAAAACUAAACAAAAUUAA